AUGAGAGGGAAAAGGAGAAAGAGGAGGAGGAUGAGAAGCAAGAGGAAAUGGAAGGGAACAAGGAGUAAGAGAUGCAGAAGAAGAACUAGAAGAGGAGGAAGAAGAAGAAUGAGGGAAGAGAAGGAAAAGGAAAAGGAUGAGAAGCAGAAGGAGAAACAGGAAAAUCGAUGGAAAAAAGGAAGGAAGAUGAGUAGAUUGAGGAAGGAGGAGUGGCAAGAGGAGUUGCUGAGCUUUAUGAAAGGCCAGAAAUUUGAACUCUCCUUACAACUAGCAUUCCCUAGGAGUAGGAUGAGAAGAAGGAUAAGGAGAAAAUGGAGGGGGAUUAGAGUGAAGGAGGAUGAGCAAAAGAAAGAGAAGGAGAAGCAAGAGGAAAAACAAGUGAAGAAAGAGGAUCAAGGGGAAAAAAAGAAGAAUGAGGGUGGAGAAGGAGCAGGAGAACAGGGAGAGAAUGAGAAAGAGAGAAAUUGGCUGAACAAAAAGACAUGA